CAUGUAUUGAAAAUUAACUGAAGUAAAUUAAAAACUAACUGUAAAAUGAAGUGUCCUGGAUUUAUUUCUGUACAUGUUUUUCGACAGGUAUUGGCAGCAACAGCAACUAGCCUCCAUAGUCUGAGUGCUGGCACAGUCUUCGGACAUAGUGCUGUUCUACUGCCCCAGCUCAAAGAAGACCAGACUAUCCUCUAUGAUGCUGCGUACGACUCUUGGAUUGCCUCUAUCAGUCCGCUAUCCAUGGUUCUCGGCUGUCUCAUCGCAGGAUCCAUUAUAGAUAGAUUUGGAAGAAGAGUAGGUCUCAUCUUUUUCUCCAUUCCUUUCGUCUUGGGAUGGAUUGUCAUGGGAUUGAGUUGUAAUGUAAACCUCUUGUUACUAGGAAGAGCUGUAACAGGUGUAUCUACCGGUGCUUUUAGACCAAUGUCUAUCGUCUACAUAAGCGAAGUAUCAGAUCCAAAACACAGAUCCAUGUUACUAGUUUCGACAUCAUUAUCAACAAAUAUAGGAAUCCUACUGUGCCAUUCUGUUGGAGUAUAUCUUUAUUGGAAAACUGCUAUAAUUGUUUUUUGUGUACCUAUUUUGUUAGCAGUAGUAAUUCUUUUGUGUUUAAAAGAAAGUCCUUUGUGGUUAAUUACAAAGGGAAAAUCUGAUGAAGGUUGCGUCAAUUUUUACUGGUUCCGAGCUAAAACUGAAGCUGCUGAUAAUGAGUUGAAGGCUGUAUUAAAUAAGCAGAAAAAUAAGUCUCAGGAUCUUAACAUUAAAGAUAUAUUCAAAGUUAUACUUAGUAAAGCAUUUCUGGUGCCGUUGGCAAUAUGUUUUGUAAUCUUUACUGAGGUACAGUUUUGUGGUACACACGUAUUAAAUUUUUAUGCUCUAUACCUAAUAAAAAGUACUUUUUCUGAUAAUGUUGACAGUUUCUUGUUAAUGAUGAUUAUUGAUGCCCUUAGGUUAUUUGGGACGGAAACCAAUGGAAAAACUUUGCAAGAAAUCGAGAACAGUUUGAAUAAGGAAAAACAACUGGGCUCAUCAAUUCACGGUAAAGAAAACCAUCAGGAUUUGCCAUUUGAGCAAAGUAAACUUUGA